GUGUGUCUUAUCAGGCCAAAAAAAUACGUAUUUGGUUACGAAACCGUAUUUUCUUGAAAUAUAUGGAGGCGUUCCUCUACGUUUCCGUAAAAAGAGCGAAGCGUAUUUUUUCCGGGCUUGCUCCUUUUACGUUUCGGUGAAAAAUUUCAAAUUUCCCGCUUUUUUGCGACUACCGGAGCAGACACCGGUCACGCGUGCUGUCUUCAUCACACCACACCUAGACAGCACCAACAACACCCCAAAGUGCUUCCCAAGGCAACUCCACUACCAUGCCUGAGCGUGGGAAGCGUCAAGAUCCCAGGGGGAUCGCAGCGCAACGCCGGGAGAAGCGCCGUCGGCGAGCUAUCGACGAGGAGGAUGUAGCCCAUGACAAGAGAUUCACAGUCUUGGGUCUUGUGAGGGCCGUAGUAUUGGCGGCGGGCGUCGUGGCAGCAGGAGAGGCUCAUCGUGCCCACUGCCCUCAGGAACGGGAGCCCAUCUACGAGCCCAANUCUCCACUACCAUGCCUGCGCGUGGGAAGCGUCAAGAUCCCAGGGGGAUCGCAGCGCAACGCCGGGAGANUGACAUUUAGGGAACGGGAGCCCAUCUACGAGCCCAAGCGUCUUCCGUGGGCUCAACACGAGGCGGACCUCGAUAAACGGCACGGGUGGCGGCGGUCGUACCGCAUGGAGAAAGGCAGUUUCCACAAGCUUGUCGAGCUACUCCGCCCUUCGCUGGAAGUCAACGCUUUCUUCGGCGCACUGCGGUCGCCAACCAACGGCGCCAUAGCUGUGGAAGUCCGCGUUGCCGCGGCGUUGAGGAUCCUGGCUGGCGGCAGUUACUGGGAUGUUGCCCUCAUGUUUGGCUUGUCGAGGGCGGUCACGUUCGACAUCUUGUGGCAAGUGAUCGAUGCCAUCAACGAGACGCCUGCGAUUGGGGCAUUUGACUUCCCCCUGACCGAGGAAGGCUGCAUGCGAAACGCCAACAGAUUCAAGGAGAAGAGCACCGAUGGCAUUUUCUCCUGGGUCGUCGCCGCCGUGGAUUGUCUGUUCAUCAAGGCCAAGGCUCCGUAUGCGAAAGACACCGCCAAUGUCCUCGCGUACUACUCUGGCAGCAAGUCCGCGUACGGCAUCAACGCUCUACGAACGACUGGGUAG